CUUCAAAAAAACUACUACUACUAUGUUGUAGCCUUUCAAAUAUUACCAAACAUUUUGCUCUCAUACGAAUCAAAUUUUCACAUACAACGUUUACAUUUAGAAGCGAUGACCAACCGAGACGACUACAAGAUCAAGGACACGAAGCCGCAGCUGGGCGAGCGGUGGCCCCACGGCGGCGUGCGCGGCGGCGGAGGCUGGAUCACGAGCGACAGACUGACCAGCACGUACGACCUGGUGGAGCAGACCUACUACCUCUACGUCCGCGUCGUCAAAGCCCAGAACCUCCCCCCCAACCCGGUCACCGGCAACUGCGACCCCUACGUGGAGGUCAAGCUCGGCAACUACAAGGGCAAAACUCAGCACUUCGAGAAGAAGAUCAGCCCCGAGUGGAACCAGGUGUUCGCCUUCGCCAAGGAGAAGAUGCAGUCCUCCUCCGUCGAAGUCUACGUCCGAGACAGAGAGAUGGUCGCCAAGGACGACUAUCUCGGGAAAGUAGUCUUUGAUCUCAACGAAGUCCCCACCAGAGUCCCCCCCGACAGCCCCCUCGCCCCUCAGUGGUACCGCCUCGAGAACACCAAGGUCAGAGGGGAAGUCAUGCUGGCCGUGUGGAUGGGGACGCAGGCCGACGAGGCCUUCCCGGAGGCUUGGCACUCCGAUGCCAGCUCUGUCACAGGGGAGGGUGUUUUCAGUGUGAGGUCCAAGGUGUACGUUUCGCCUAAGCUGUGGUACAUUCGGGUUAACGUGAUCGAGGCUCAGGAUGUGGAGUGGGAGGACAAGAGCCAGCCCUCUCAGGUUUUGGUGAAGGCUCAACUUGGGAAUCAGAUGCUCAAGACUAAAAUAUGUGCGACAGGGGGGAAUAGUCCGUUCUGGAAUGAGGAUUUGGUGUUCGUGGCGGCGGAGCCUUUUGAGGAGCAGUUGGUGAUGGUGGUUGAGAACAAGACGAAGGCGAACAAGGAUGAAGCCGUCGGGAGGCUGAGCUUGCCUUUGGGGAAGCUGGAGAAGCGUCUGGAUCAUAGGCCGGUGCAUUCGCAGUGGUACAACCUUGAGAAGUUCGGGUUCGGGGCUCUCGAGGGGGACAAGAGGAAGAUAAACAAGUUCUCCACUAGGAUCCACCUCCGAGUCUGCCUCGAAGGAGGGUACCAUGUUUUGGACGAGUCGACCAUGUAUAUCAGCGACCAGAGGCCCACCGCCAGGGAGCUCUGGAAGCAGCCCAUCGGGAUACUAGAGCUCGGGGUGCUCAGUGCCCAGGGGCUCGCCCAGAAUGGCAACGCAUACUGCGUUGCCAAAUACGGGCAUAAAUGGGUGAGGACAAGGACCAUACUGCAGAGCAGCAGCCCCAAAUGGAACGAGCAGUAUAUAUGGGAGGUUUACGACCCCUGCACGGUCGUGACCCUGGCCGUCUUCGACAACUGCCAUCUCGGUGGCAACGACAAACCCUCCGGGGCGAGGGACUCCCGAAUCGGUAAGAUACGGAUCAGACUAUCCACCUUGGAAACUGACAAAAUCUACACCCACUCCUACCCACUACUCACUCUUCACCCCACCGGUUUGAAGAAAAUGGGAGAGUUGCAACUCGCAUUUAGGUUCACUUGUCUCUCAUUAGCCCACUUGCUCUACCUCUACACCCAGCCCUUACUACCUAAAAUGCACUACAUCCAUCCUUUCACCAUCAGCCAACUCGACAGCCUCCGGUUCCAGGCCAUGACCAUCGUGGCCUCGCGCCUAGGCAGGGCCGAGCCGCCCCUCAGAAAAGAGGUGGUGGAGCACAUGCUGGACGUGGACUCCCACAUGUGGAGCAUGCGGCGGAGCAAGGCCAAUUUCUUCAGAAUCGUGUCUCUGUUUUCAGGGCUAAUCGCCCUGAGCAAGUGGCUGGGGCAGGUCUGCGAGUGGAAGAAUCCGAUCACAACGGUGCUAGUGCACCUCCUGCUGUGCAUCCUGAUAUGCUACCCGGAGCUGAUCCUCCCGACGACGUUCCUCUACAUGUUCCUGAUCGGGCUGUGGAACUUCAGGGCGCGGCCGCGGCACCCUCCGCACAUGGACCCGAAGCUGUCGUGGGCGGAGGCGGUGGUCCAGGACGAGCUGGACGAGGAGUUCGACACGUUCCCGACGUCCAAGGCGGAGGCGGUGGUGAGGAUGAGGUAUGACCGGCUUCGGAGCGUGGCGGGGAGGGUGCAGACGGUGGUGGGGGAUCUGGCGACGCAGUGCGAGAGAUUGAUCGGCUUGCUGAGCUGGAGGGAUCCGAGGGCUACGGCGAUAUUUGUGGUGCUGUGCUUGGUUGCGGCGGUGGCUCUGUAUAUUACUCCUUGCAAGAUUGUGGUCAUGUUGGCGGGGUUUUAUUGGCUGAGGCAUCCCAGGUUUAGGAGCAAGAUGCCUUCUGCGCCCAGUAACUUCUUCCGCCGCCUGCCCGCUCGGGCUGAUUGCAUGCUCUAACUUCACCUCUUUACACUCUCUUCUUUUCUCUGUUUUUUUUUUUGAUUAUUCAAUCUUUAAUGUCUAUUCAUAAAAUUAAUUUAUACUCCCUACUAUACAAGAUCUUUUUUUUUUUAUCUAAUACACGUAUUCUGAGGGCUGACCAUUUUUGAUUCGACACAAAUUCGCACGAAAUUAACCCGACACAAACAAGCACGUUUAGAAUUUGGGUCCUUAUAGGAUCGACCCAAUAAAAACCCGAAGAUAGCGGUCAG